CCUUGAAAGUUGGAAACGUUUUGAAACGGAAGGCGGCUUGAGAAAAAAAAUUGUCGUAAAGAGUGGGAUUUUCGAUGUUGUUUUUGUGAACUUUUUUACCUUGAUGAAUUAAAAGAAAAACCACAAUGACUUUAAAAAAGACAAAGAUGGAAGUGAAUCUCUCAUUAGUUUCACAAUUUGAUGACCUAAUGAGAAAAUCAAAAAUACUCCAAUCUGGAUGUGAAGCAGAAUUUGCUGCCUUUGCAAUGAAUCAAGAAGAAAUAAGAAAAAAAUGGCUUGUAGCAGAACAAAAAAAUGAAAGCCUGGAAGACAGGAUUAAAAGAGCUGAAUCACAAGCAGCGUCACUGGACACACAGUUAAAACAUGCAAGAAUGCAAGCCGAGUAUGAAUUACAGAGGAGAAAAGCUGCUGAAAAUGAAAAGGCUGAUAUGGAUCGUCAAAUUGGUGUCAUAAGAGAAUUACUAAAUGAUAAGAAUAGCAAGAGCAUCCUUCACGAGAACGACAGAGAUAGAUUAGCAGCUAUUGCUAAUAGCCACAGACAAAGUGUACACCUAGAUGGUAGCAAUUCUAGACUGAACACCAUAAUGGAACAUUCUGCUUCUUUCCUGUCUGAUGUAAGUUAUGAUAAGACAGAAGAAGACCCCUUAAGUGAUUCCCGUCUUCGAAAUGGGAAAAAGUUUAAGCGGCCAACAGCACCUCCUGCUGAUGAAUUGGAAAACACACCACCAAAACGUCAUCGUGACGAACAUGCUGAACCUGAUGCUGCUCCUCAGGAUCACAACAACUCAAUAGUGACAGCUGUCAUUACAAUAGAUGCUGCUGGGAAACCAAGUGCCACUGUGGAAACAAAUAUUGUCCCAAAACUUAACAAGAGUUUUAGUGAACCUAACCUGGACAAGCGUGGAAAUGGUGCAGAUAGCGGGCCAGAGAGUGAUGAUGAAGUGUAUGGUUUUCCUAGAAAUAACAAUGCAAACAGAAAUUAUAAUGCUCAGCCAAGAAAGAGUAUCUUAAAAAAUACCCCUGAAACUCCAACAUUAAGAAAAGCAAAUUCAGCUGGCAGAGGGUUAAACAGAGUUCACAUUUUCAUCUCUAAAACUGUCAUUAAACCAGAAACCUGUGUUCCUUGUGGCAAAAGAAUACGAUUUAGCAAAUUGGCAAUGAAAUGUAAAGACUGUAGAGCAGUGUGUCACCCAGAAUGUAAAGACAAACUCCCUUUGCCAUGUAUCCCAUCCUGCCCCAGCACUCCCGGUGGUUUUAAGUUGUCUGAGGGCUUAAUUGCUGAUUUUGCACCAGCAGAAAGACCCAUGAUUCCAAGGCUAAUUGUUAACUGUGCUCAUGAAAUAGAAAGCAGAGGUUUGGAUGAAGUGGGAAUAUACAGAGUUCCUGGAUCAGAUAAAGAUCAAAAAGAACUGAAAGAAAAGUUUUUGAAGGGAAGAUAUCCUAACCUUGGUCAAAUCCAUGAUAUUCAUGUAGUGUGUGGGUGCUUAAAAGAUUUUUUGCGUGGCCUUAAAGAACCUCUUGUUACUUUUGGAUUGUGGUCAAAGUUUGUUGAGGCCGCAGAAAUGAAAUCAAAUGACAAGUGCAGGGAGGAGUUAUGUCACCUUAUCAAUAACUUACCUCAGGCCAACAAAGAUACAUUAGCUUUUCUUGUUCAGCAUCUCCAAACAGUGGCCUCAGCAAAGUCUUGUAAAAUGCCAGCAUCAAACCUUGCUAAAGUAUUUGGACCAACUGUUGUUGGUUAUUCUUGUCCAGAACCAGAGCCCAUGCAAAUAAUGUCGGAAACUAGGAAACAGAACCAGGUCAUGGAACGUUUACUAGAGAUUCCCACUGACUUUUGGAGUGAUUUGCUUAAUGUUGAUGAGAUCAGUUUGUUUCCAUCAGGAACACCUUACACACCAGACAGUGUUCACUAUGGCCUUCGGAGUAUGUUAGGCCCAAUAACAACCCCUGACAGAUCAGACAUCUAUGGACAUGAUUUAAAACAGACAACACCGAGAUAUGCUACUAAAACUCUGCAGCAUAAGAAACCAAGCAGGUUUUUUGCAUCACCAGUUGUGAACUGAGAUUUGAUCCAAUAACCACAUGAACCACCACCUUAUUAAGAGAUCUGAAUCGUGAGGAAAAGCUCUUGCUGAUUUUGUCAUUUACAAUGUUUUUCGAGAUAAUUUACUACAUUUUUCUGUUGUGUUUAUCAUAUAUCAUGUUUGUUUUAGACCUAAAAUUUAUAUGAACGUACAUUUACUGAGUUUAUCUAAAUAUGGUUAUCUGAAUCAAGUCACUUUAGAUAGAUGUUGCUUUCUGAACAAGAACCAUUUAUUAUGUAUUAAUGUGUAAUUAGCUAGCGAGGCCUAAUCUCAUCAAUCAAAUAAGGUUAGAGAAAAUUCAAUAUUAUAUUAAGUACAUAACUUUCUGAGUGUUUGAUCUUGAUUCAACUGAAAAUAAUAUGCAUUGUACUAAUUAUUUAUAUCUUCAGGUAAUCCAUUGUUCCUGUAAAUAGUUUAUCUUUUAAAAGGCUUGUCAUGUUGUACAAUUUUGCUUACACUGUAACCACAAAUAUGCACACCACAUUGUAUAUUUUUAAAAAAUCUAUUAUAGAUAGAUGUGACUACUUAGAUGUUUAGAAGUAGAUUACCUACAUGAUUUUUGUGUACUUUUUUUAAACUAGUCAUAGUAGGUAUAAUAGAUGGAAAACAGUCCAUUUAAGUCGCUAAGUUUUCAUUUUUUUGUACUUAUGAGAAUUAGUUUUUUUGGAUCGUUUAUUCCUCCUCUGAACUGAAGGAUGUAAAACUUCAUUUUAUUGAAGUGUACUUGCCCUUAUAAUACAUUUUUAAACUGAUUUAAAACACCAUCAGUUUAAUUCAAAUUGCGUAAAACAUUAAAUAUUUACUCUCAAUCUAUUGCUAUAUCUAAUUUUCAGACUGUAUAUCUUGUGAAAACCACGGCACACCAAAUCUACUUACUGUUCUGAUUUCUAUAAUAAAAUUAUGUCAAACAAACAAAUCAAAGAAUAACAUUUUUUUUUUUACAACAAAAGUUUACUCACAAUGAAUGACAGUGUUUGUACAAUGAAAAUUAGAUAGUGCGCAUUGUCGCACACAUCUACUUAAAACAGAAUUUAAAAAAACAUCUAGAGUCUACACCAUAAUAGAAGGCGCUUUGGCUCUUGAAACCACAACAGCUGCCGCACCUUCAUAAUGAUUACAUCAAAUAUAAAUAUAGAGAAGUAUAUGUGUGUAGUAGAUUUUUAAAAACCAUUAGAGAAAAAAAUAACUAAACCUGUAUUUGAAGCUAUCUAAUAGAAGACUAAGGGCUCAUUGCCCAACUGAGGGUCACACAAGUAAUAAAAAACAUUCCAAAUAUAAACUUUCACAGGGGCCACUUGUGAGCAACAACAAAAGGCAUCCAAUCGUAGUUUGGUCCAACUAAAGGUUUUAUCUGAGUCUAUCAGAUCAACCUCAAAUAACAAACCUAAUUUUUUAAACCAGCAUUUGAAUUAUAUAAAUUUUCAUUUGUAGUAUUAAAAUAGUAAAUAAUUUUUUACUUAGCAAAAAAGACAUUUACAAUACUAUGCAGUUUCAAAAGAAAUCGAAAAACAAUUUUUUAACAAGCAAGUCGAAUUCAUAAAAU